CACAGGCACACGGCACAGGCACACGGCACUCCCGCCCCCGGCACAGGCGCACGGCGGCGCGCCGGGCGGGAGCGCGCGGAAGGGGCGGCCCGGAGGCGGACAUGCCGCUGGCCAAAGACCUAGUGCAUCCCUCCUUAGAGGAUGAGAAGAGAAAGCACAAAAAGAAACGUCUUGUCCAGAGCCCAAACUCCUACUUUAUGGAUGUAAAAUGUCCAGGAUGCUACAAGAUUACCACUGUCUUCAGCCAUGCUCAGACAGUAGUUCUGUGUGUAGGGUGCUCAACUGUCCUGUGUCAGCCAACUGGGGGCAAAGCCAGGCUCACAGAAGGCUGUUCAUUUAGAAGAAAGCAACACUGAACAGUUCAGCAUGUGAUUUUUGGAUCUGAGCUCCUGAAAGCCUUACUAGUUUAAAAAUGCCUGUUACAACAAAAAUGUAAUUAUGAUUGAUUUUGUACAAAUUGCAUGCUACUGCUGACUAAUCUGCUGGAAUCUCUUUUUCAAUAAAUGAUCUGAAGUGCAAGUUUUUCCUGUAAGUUUGCCGACAACCGAGCUCUAUUUUUCUAAUUUUACAUUUAAACAGUAAAAACCUUGGACUUCUGCAUCCUGCCCCUUGUUAAUCAUAAACUACAGCAGUGUAAUGCAUAUAGUGACAGAAACUGCUUUAAGAAUGCAUUAUGUGUAUUUUAUUGCUGCAGCUACCAUAACUGCAAGGGUUGCAAAAGCUAGAUAAGAUUUAAAAUGGCUCAUUUACUUUCAGUGUUGCUGUAAUCCCUUCCCCAUCUUGGGUAAUAUGGUGAUAAGUAAAAAUGUAAAAUUACUCACUUAUGUUCAGCUGUUUCUCUGGAAUGCUUGGAUUUUCCCUCCCUAUAAUUUGAUCUCAAGACUGUACUUGGUAUUCUAAACUGAGAUUUCUAUCAAAAAAAAAAAAAAAGGUACUCCUUUGCAAAGCACUGAAAACAUUCAGUAUAUAGAAGGCUAUCGGCAUAUAAAAGUCAUGGAACCACACUAAGAGGUGUGAAUGGUUAUCUAAGCACUAGUACAGCAACCCAAGCAUAUUGUUAGUAUUGAAUACUGUCAUUAAAUAAUUGCCUUCUUGCAAUAAGGAAAAGGGUUUAAUUAGUUUUUGAAAGCCAUGCCUUUCUAAAUGGCUGGUAAAAAUGGAUUUUGUUUUUAACCAUGAGAAAAUAUUCAAACAAAAUCUUACAUAUGUAAUACCUCAAGUUAUGUAUCAACAUCUCUUUAGAAGUAUCCGGUCUCUUGGUGAGCUAAUUAUUAUUGGGAUUUUCUGAUUAAGUAGUAUUCUUUUUAUGACUUUGAAAACUUGGACAUGUCUAGUCAUUAAAAUAAACCAAAACCCUGAUACCACAA